AUGGGGAAUUUGGAUCUAGAAAAUCCAGAUGAUUUGGUAGAAUUCUCCCAACGAUCUCAACGUCAACAACUCGACACGGAUUUAUCACUUCUUUUCGAUUCUCGUCUCACGUCAAAGAACGCCAGAGGUACGGAGAAACAAGAACCCAGAGUUGGCAUCAAACAAGAAUUGACUAAUGCGACUGAUUUCUUACAUAUCGAUAAGAAAAAUAACAUACCUAGGAGAUAUCAUUUAAGUAUCAUCCAAUCACUCUUAUCCUCUGAAGCAGAGGAAAGACGCCAAUGGAUCAAAGACAAUAUCAAACACUCAGCUUCAUCACCUAUCAAUAGAUAUACUCAUCAAGAUGAACAAAUAUCAUACGUAAAAGGAAUGACAAAUGACGAAUUCCUGAUGAAUAUAAGUACGAAUAAGAACGCAAUGGAUGUCGUUAAGAACUGUAAUGAGCUUAUCAAUGUUUUGCCAUUUCAUGAUGAGUUUGAACAAUCUUGGAUGACACUGACUUGUUCUUAUAUGGGUGAAGGAAAACCAUGGAUAAGGAUCAGACAGCUAGAGAAUAACAAUGAGACGGAGCCGUACUCGAGAUUGAACGGGGUAGAAAUCGUAUAUAACGAUUAG